AUGAAUGAAGUAAUAGUAGAGUAUGACUAUACUGCGAAAGAAUCUGAUGAGCUGACAAUAAAAAAAGGUGACAUCAUUAAAGAUGUAGUCAAGAAACCAGGUGGAUGGUGGGAAGGUGUGCUCAAAGAUAAAAAAGGAAUGUUUCCAGACAAUUUUGUUCGACCCUUAGAUAAAGACGGUGUAGUUUUCAGGAAUAGCAAAGAUGUAUGCAGAAUAAAACAAUGCAGGGUAGUAUUUUCCUAUAAUCAAGACCAUGAAGAUGAACUAAACUUAAAGGUAGGAAAAUUUGAUUGUAUAUUCGAUUUUUAUGUAGAUUUUAAUUCAAUGCAACCGGCAGUUCAGUCACAAUUUAAUACUAAUUGUAACAGUUAA